AUGGAGCAGUCGGUCCGGAAUUUGGAAACAGCAUCUCUCUCUCGAAUUUGGGAACCUGGAGAUAGGAAACUUGUAGAUUACGUGUUUAUCAAGUUUAUUUUGUUUAACUAUACCAUCGAACUCUAUUUCAUCGAUGCUCUCAACAGUAAUCUCUCCCUUGGCUCAUUCAAUUCUUGUCUUGAAUCAAAUUCAAGAAGAAGAAGAAGUAGAAGAAGAAGAGCAAUGGAGGAGGAGCUACGGCUUCUGAGCCUGAAAGAUUUUUCUGGGUUGGAGGUCCCGAGCAAUCCAUUCCAGCAGCUGUUAAUGGUGGCUGUUGUUGCGUCCUCUGUUCACGAGAAUAACAAGAACAAAAACAAGAACAAGAAGAGCAAGAGCAAGACCAAGAAAUCUACGGAGACGCAGAGAGCACCGAUCCAUCUGCAGAAAAGGAAGCGACUUGCCAGAGAAAAACGGCUGAAGAAACCAUCUGUUCCUUCGCCUUCCCUCUUCCUGCAGCAGCUCGUGCCAUCUUCCUUCUCCCUCAGACUUGAUCCAAGAAUUAAUGUUUCAUCAUCAUCAUCAUCAUCAUCAUCUCCCCAACAACAUAAUAUCAUCUGCUCUUCCUCUGAAUAUGAAAAAGAGGAGGAGGAGGUCAUGAUGAUGAAUGCAAUUGCAUCAACUGAUGAUCAUCAUCUAAUGGCAAAAAAGCAGAAGAAGAAUCAUCAUCACGGUGAGUGCAGCAACUCAUCAAUCUCCCUCCGUCAGCCCAGUACCAGUAACACUACCACUACCACUAGUCCUGUUGUGCACGAAUUGACCGAUCGUUUGAGAUACCGGAUUACACAAAUUGGCGGUACCGAGAUUAUUCUUGUCAUCCAAAAAAGACUCUCGGACACCGAUGUCAGCAAGUCUCACAACCGGCUCUCCAUCCCGCUCCGGCAAGCGAAGGCGGAAUUUCUCACGGCCCAGGAGAAGGAUUCUCUCGGCCAACGCAUCGGGAAGAAAGUGAAUGGCAUGGGGGUGCCGAUGAUGGUUGAGCCAGACCUUGAAUUCAUGACUGUUACGUUGAAAAGGUGGGAUAUGAAGAAGGACACAGGCAAAACGAGCUCGUCUUACGUGCUCGUUUCGGAAUGGAAUAAAAUCGUUGAGAAAAAUGGGCUCAAGAAGGAAGAUGACAUUCAGCUAUGGUCGUUCCGGUGCAACACGCAGCUUUGUUUUGCUCUAGUGCAGUUUUGA